AUGGCCAAUCUAAUUGAAGUUUAACUUAUUCAAAAUUAUGAGGAAUUAAAACUUAUAAUUCCUACAAUUAGAGAAGUCCUAAAUUCUAAAAGAGAAGUAACUAUUACGUGGAAGAAGACCUAAGAAGAUAUUUAUAAAGAAACUUUUCAUUAGAAUAGCCCAAUUAAAGAUAUUAAUUAAUAUAGAAUUUUAGAGAAUUUAACAAAUGUAUUUCCUUCUGAAAAUAUUCUCAAGAAUGAAAUGUAUCAAUUAUUUUUACAAAAGAUUAUUGACUAUGAUAGCAUAUGAUGUAGAAUAAAAAGAUUAUUUAAAAUUUAAAUUGAAUUUCAUUAGAUUAAACACCUCAUAACUCACAGAAAAUUUGUAAACUCAAUUAAAUUAACUUAUGAUAAAGAUUAAAAAAGAAUUUAAAGAUAUAAUCAAUAUUGAAGAUAGGUUUUCUUUGAUUCAAAUGUUUUAAUAAGAGAAUCUUUUAUCAAAGGAUGAACUUAAAUAAUUAUAUGUAUUUAAGAUAUAAUCUAUUUUUUAGUCAUAAAUUAAACCUUAUAUUAAUGGAAAUAUAAAUAUAUCAAUUUGGUUUUUAGAAUAAAUUCUAAGUUAUGAAAAGUAGAAUUAAAUACUUCUUUGUGAGAUUUAUGAAUAUUAUAUUUAACAAUAAAACUAAGAAUAGGCUCAAAAAUAUAUUUAACUUAUCCUUUAAAAACCUAUAUCAGAUUUAAAUGAUUAAGAAAUUCAAUUUGAAUACUAAGCAAUUAAAACAAAAAAUGAAUAAUAAAAGUAAUAAAUCAUGUAAAUAGAAGAAUCAUUUAAGAAUAACUAAAAAUAAUAUGAUACAAGCUAAUUAUAAACAAUAAUUGAAUUAAAAAAAGAAUUAGGAUACCCUAUUUAAGAGAUGUCAUAUAAUUAUUAAAAAUUGUCAUAAAAUUUUAUUUAAGAGAAAAACAUUUAAUAAGCAAUUUCAACUAUCAAAUCUUGUUUGGAUGAAAUUAAAUUAGAAUUGUUAAUAAAUUAUAAUUCUUUUCUUAUCAUUUAAGAAUCAAUUUGUAUUGAAAUACUUGGAGAUUGUUAUCGAUUGAAUAAGGAAUAUUAAUUGGCUCUUGAUAUUUAUUAAGAUUUACUUACAUUAAAUAAAUAGAUUAAACAUAACAAUGAUACAAAAAAAAUAAUUUAAGUUAAAUUGAAAAUGGCUGCAAUAUAUUUUCAACUACAAGAGUUUCAAAUGGCUUUGGAAAUCUAUAAAAGUACACUAAUCCUACAGGAAACUGAUAAAUAUGAUAAUAGCUAAUUCUUAUUAAUUGGAUAGAUUCAAUAUAAUAUGGCUUAGAGUUAUUUUCAUUUAGGAGAAAGAUAAACUGCUAAGUAAUAUUGUGAAGACGCUAUCUAAAACAUGACUACUAAAUUAGAUGAUAAAGACGACAUGAUAUUGAAGGCAAGAAAAUUAAAAGAAAAAAUCUUAGAUAUGUAACAAAGUAGAGUGAUUUAAUGA